AGGAUUACGAUCUAUAACUAUUGUGGGUACACUAUCUCUUUCUCUCAUUCAUUACUCACACAUCACCAUUAUUUCACAUAUGACAUACCCCUUUCUCAAUCUCUGAUCCCUAUAAAUAUUUAUACCUUUCUUUCUUCACUCCUCAGUGCUCAAUUUCUCCUCUUCUCUUUGGCUCUUUAAUUUGAGGGUUAGGGUUAGGGUUUUUUCUAUCUUUUUCCUCUUUUUUGCAUGAUGAGGUGACUAUAUAUGAUGUGAUGAUAAAGAAGAAGAAAGAAGAUCUAAUGAUCCGAUCCUACAGUCACUGUUUGCCGAUGCAGCACCAUCAAGAUUCACAAGCCUUUUAGAGCUGCUGAUGAGUGGUGCUCUAAUUUGAACAUGGGAAUCUUGAUGAUGCUGCAGCGGCAAUAAAUGGCUAAAAUUACUUACACCCUUUUCGAAACUCUGCAAAUACAGGGAAGUAAUCUAUUCCACCGUCCAAGCUUCGUCCGAGGAAGGUGAACUCAUUAAAAUAAUUUCAACAAAUGCCGAUUUCUUCCCCCCACCCCCUCCCUUUUUUUUUUUGUUAGUAAAUUGUUAACUAAAUGCCGACUUUUAUUUGAAUAAUCUCAAAUUUAUCGAUUCUGAAGCUGUAGUUUACCAUUUUUUGUACUAAUUAUCGUGUUUAACUGUUGGUGUGAUUAGGGGUUUAAUGUUUGGAUGACUAAGAAAUAGUAAUGAUCCAUGUGGCAACACAGUGUGAUCUGCAGUGGGAGAUUUUAUUCUGUGUGGUGAUGGAUUUUAGUGCAGACUUUCCUCAGAUGCUUCAGUAGCAAAAUAAAUUCAUUCACAGUGAAUGCAAAGGUUUCAACCUCUUACAUUCUCAAACUUGGCAACCGAGAGAAGAAAAAAAUAGCAAACAACCGCGGCAGAAAACACCUGAUACAGGCAUACAGCACAUUGAGUCAUAGGUCAACCCAAAACAGAGCAGGCUAAGUAUCUAUUUGCUUUGUGUAUGUUUGAUCUGUUUUUAUGUACAUAUAUGCUAAGUCAAUCGGCUGCCUGACCAAAGUAACUUCACAUUUCCUAGAGAAGAUUUGAGUUUUGGAUGGAGCUCAGCUUUUUCAUGCUUGAUUUGCUUUUCUAUUUUAUUUUAUAUUCUUUAAAUCUUCAUUCUUUUGCAAUUUCUUAUAUGUGCAUUUUUUUGUUUCUUUUAUAUGUGUGUUUAACUUGCAGAUUAAUCAUUUUAAUUCUAAGGCAUCUUAAUUGGUGAUGAGUAACUGGAAAAUUAAAGAGUUUCAGUCUUUUUUAUUUUAUUUUAUUUAUAUUCUUUUAAUCUUCAUUCUUUUGCAAUUUUCUUAGAUGUGCUUUUUUUUAUUCUUUUAUAUAUAUAUGUUUAACUUGCAGAUUAAUCACUUUAUUUCUAUGUACAUUCAUUCAUUCAUUCAAGAUCUUGAAUUGAUCAAAGGCAUCUUAUAUUGAGAAGUUAAAUAUUAGCACAGUUUAUGAUGAAGAUGAGCUCAACUUUCUCAUGCUUUAAUUAUGUACUUAUUUUAUUUUAUUUUAUAUAUACUUUAAAUCUCCAUUCUUUUGCAAUUUUCUUACAUGUGGCUUUUUUUUUUCUUUCUUGUAUUUAUAACUUGCAGAUUAAUCACUUUAUUUCUAAGGCAUCUUAAUUUGUGAUGAGUAAUUGGAAAAUUAAAGAGUUUCAAUCAGAUAAUUGAGAUGAUCUAAAAGCCCCCUUUAAUUCAUUCAGAAAGGACUAUAUUUUUAGUGUUUCUUCUGUGUCCAUCUGAAAAUUUCUAAGCAUGCAGUCAUCAACAUUUAAUUCAACAGUCAAUACCUUGUGUGUUUAUGUAUAGUUUUGAAUCCAAUGAAAUUUCAGAUAGAUGCUCUCUAUAUGCUUAUAUAUAACUCUAACUAUAUAUAUAUAUAAAUGGAAAUUUAUUGAAAUUUAUUUUUCUUCAAAAGGAAAAAAAGUGUCUGCAGAAGAAGUCUUACCUCUGAAAUAUUUUGGAGAAGACAUAAAAGACCAAAUUUUAAUGGCAUCUGAAACUUAGAAGGAGUUUGUAAACAAAAAUGGUUGAGACUCUUGAGAGUUCGAAAAUGCAAAUAUAUGGCUUAUAAAUCUUCUUCUUUUUUUUUCAUUUUUAAUUUUUCCCUUUGAAGGAAAACGACGAGUAACUAUAAUAUAUUUUGAUGGGCUACCUAGUGUGAAAAUGACAAAUCUAAAAAAUUAUUAAACUGUUUCUUUAUUCCAGAAAACAAAAAGGCCAGAAGAAAAAAUUGGAUUCCAUGGAUGGGAAAUGGACUUGAUAGACGAUUAUUUAUGCAGUUUGUUCAAGCAGGUCCUUCAAGCAUCUGAAAUUGUUGCAGCAUGCAUGCAUGGAGGCUACGAAUCUUUCAUACUCACCCUUUUGACUAUAAUUUUGUAUGAAUUUUUUCUCAUAUUAAAAACUUCAAUAUGUC